GAAGGGAACACUAGCCACCCAUGAUGGUAGAGUCCCGGCCCCACUGCUGAGACCCUACAAUAACAUCCCCCGCCAGACCCUACGCUGCCCCAUCUGCACCACCAGGUGUCUAACUGCAAUGAGACCCUACAAUAACAUCCCCCCCCCAGACCCUACGCUGCCCCAUCUGCACCACCAGGUGUCUUACCGCAGUGAGACCCUACAAUAACACCCCCCCCCCACCGAGGGACCCUACGCUGCCCAGUCUGCCCUGCCCGGCCUCUUACCGCAGUGAGACCCUACAAUAACACCCUCCCCUGCUAACACCCCCCGCCCGGUGGCGAGCCUACCAGCGCAAACCCCUCCCCUCCGCUCACCCCAGCCCGCGUGCCAGGUGUCUGCCCCGGGAGCAAACUCCAGCGGGCGGGGUGGGGCGGGGGCGGGGCUCUCCGGGGCCCCCCCCGGGUAUAUAACUCCCAGGCCCCGCCGCCCCCCCGCCAGUGGGCGCGAUGUGCACAGGGAAGUGCUCCCGGGUGGUGGGCGUGGGGCUCUGGCCCCUGGCCCUGACCUGCAUCGUCUGCAACCUGCUGCUCUGCUUCCCCGACUGGGACACCCAGUACGUGAAGGGCGGGGGCCGGCUGCUCACCCCCGAGGUGCUGUACCUGGGGGGCCUCGUCGGGGGCGGCGCCAUGAUCCUGAUCCCAGCGAUCCACAUCCAGGCGACCGGCCGGCAGGGCUGCUGCGGGAACCGCUGUGGGAUGUUCCUGUCCAUCCUCUUCGCCCUGGUGGGGGUGGCCGGUUCUGUCUACGCCGUGAGCAUCUCCGCCCUGGGGCUGGUGAACGGGCCGCUGUGCCAGGUGCGGGAGUCCAACGGCAGCCUCGGCACAUGGGGACAGCCCUUCCUCAGCACCCACGAGGAGCUCAGCAAGCAGAGCUACCUGUUCAACACCUCGACGUGGGACACGUGUGUGAACCCGCCCGGCGUGGUCCAGUUCAACGUGAUCCUCUUCUCCCUGGUGCUGGCGGCGGCGCUGCUGGAGCUGCUGCUCUGCGGGGUGCAGGUGCUGAACGGCCUCUUCGGCUGCCUCUGCGGGACCUGCAACAAGAAACAGGCCAGGGACCCCAAGCAAACCCAGUACUGAGCCGAAGAGCCGCCAGCGCGACCUGAGGAGCUGCGGCACGACCGCCCACCCCCUCCAGAGCCCUCCCUGCCCGUCACGCCCAGGAACCCAGGCAUCCGGGACCAGCUCUGCCUGGGAUCACGGGGACGCAGAGCUUACAGACAGUGUCGCCCCUACAGUCUGUGCCGCCCGUGCAACGCACCAAGCACCCCCCUACCCCGUGUCACCAGCCGCCCCGAAUAAACCCAAGGGGCCGUGGGGAGCUGGCGCCCCUGGGGGCGGAGCGGGGAACUGCGGCCUCUGCUCUGGACAAACCUCCACCUGUCUCCUUGUCUGGGAUUGUCACAGGGAAUCACGGGGGGGUGAGCCGGCCCCAUGCCCCACCCUCACCCCAGAGCCAGCCGCAUCUCCGCACCGGGGAUCCCUGUACGAACAGCCUGCGCCCCACCCCAGAGCCAGCCGCAUCUCCGCACCGGGGAUCCCUGUACGAACAGCCUGCGCCCCACCCCAGAGCCAGCUGCACCUCCGCACCGGGGAUCCCUGUACGAACGGCCCCCGCGCCCCACCCCAGAGCCAGCCGCACCUCUGCACCGCGGAUCCCUGUACGAACAGCCUGCGCCCCACCCCAGAGCC